GGGCAAGAUGGGUGCACGGACGUUGUGGCAUAUUUUGGCAAUGACAAUCUCAGUUGUAUCGGCCAUCGACCCACAACAUCAAGUAACAGCGACAGCACCAAACCCAAAAAGAAUUGCCGUCAUUGGGGAAGGCGUGAUUGGAUUGUCAACGGCGUUAGCGAUAAAAGAGCAUGACCCAGCAGCACAGAUUACAAUAUUCCAUGAUCGUCCGUUUGAAAACAUCCUUAGUAGAGGGAUAGCAGGUCUUUUUAGAAUCGACGAGCCGACACCGAUACAA